AUGAAUUAUGCAGCACGGCAUAAGCAUACAGAGAAAAACCUGCAAAUACUUAAGGCUCUUCUCAAGGAGUCAUGCAAUCGGCAUUGUGCAGACUGUAAGACAGCGAAGAAUCCAAGGUGGGCCUCAUGGAACCUAGGUAUAUUCAUCUGCAUUCGAUGUUCUGGAAUCCAUAGAUCGAUGGGAACGCAUAUUUCACGGGUUAAAUCUGUGGAUUUGGACUCAUGGACAGAUGAACAAGUCAAGUCCAUGGUAAUGUGGGGCAACGGUAAGGCCAAUGCUUAUUGGGAGUCGAAGCUUUGCGAGGGCUACGUGCCUAAUGAGGCCAAAAUAGAGAACUUUAUUAGAACAAAAUAUGAUUUGAAGAAGUGGUGUUCUGGCCCCACACCCAAUCCUUCCAUCAUCAGGAUCCCUACGAAGCCGGCUGUACCUAGGCAGGCCAUCAAUACAAACCCCUCACAAUCAACACCGUCCUUACUCGAUCUAGGCAUCGACUUGACCACUCCUGUUCCUAGGCCAAGGUCUGACCAAAUUUCCUUGUCUUCUCUUCCAGCGGCAUCUUCGUCUUUAAGCUCCCAUUCGUCAUUAUCGGCCCUUUCAAUAUUGGAUAAUAGUAUCUCUGAAGAACGGAGUAAGCAAAAGAAGGCCAGUGACCAAACCAAGGGCAGACCAGAGUUAAAGAACUCCAUUCUUUCUCUUUACUCGACUUCUUCAUCCUCUGCUCCUUCGCUUCCACUACACAACACUACAUCUAACUCUAUUGCCGUAUCUGGGUUUUCAAAUUUGAAGACCAACGAUACCGUGGCUCCCUUACCUGCCUCUCGAAACGUCCAGGCCGCUUGGAAUGCCAGUAAUGUUUGGGCAAGUUCAAAUAGUUCGAACUCCAGUCCUGGUUUAGCGGAUAAUGCAGGAAACACGACAUCAUCUUCAAAUGAUGCCUUCAAGAAUAUAUGGCAAUGA